GCAAACACAGAGAAGCCAAAUCUGAACCGUUCGGAGCAACAAGGAAGGAAUGCUCUUCUAUCAGAUAUUAGCAAAGGCACCAGGCUAAAAAAAACUGUUACAAAUGACCGCAGUGGGCCUUCUUUGGACAAACCAAAAGGAGGAGGAGGAGGUGGUGGCGGCGGUGGAGGAGGAGGAGGAGGUGGUGGUUUUGGUGGUGGGGCUCCUGCUGGUUUAGGAGGUCUAUUUGCAGGAGGGAUGCCAAAACUGAGGUCCGCAGGAAACCGAGAGAAUGACUCAGGACCCACUCGUGGACCUAUUCUCCCACCAGGACCCCGUUCUAGUGGACCCAGCCCUUUUGGUGGUGGUAGUGGUCCCUCUGGACCACCAAGGCUCCCAGGUGUCCCUGCAGCUUCUCGUGGCGGAGCACCUGAUCUUCCUAAAGGUCGUCCUAAUGUCUCCUCCAGGCAGGACACUCCAGGAGGACCCCUUCCUCCUGUACCCAACACGCCUAGACCAUCCCAGAACUUCCAGCCUCGGGCAGGCCCACCGCCACCCUCACUCCCUUCAGGACCCAGGCCCAGCCCUGCUUGUGCGCCUCCACCACCUAGUGUUCCGCCAGGGAGACACGGAGCUCUCCCUCCCCCACCAGGAGGCUCUUCAGCGGGCUCCCGCACAGGCUUCUCCGCGCCCCCUCCUCCACCCCCAAACAGCUGCAGACCUCCCUUGCCUCCUUCUCCAGGAGGGAGACCUCCACUUCCCGACGACCGACCACCUCCACCUCCUGCCCCAGCGGGAGGCCAUCGGCCGUCGAUGCCCCGCGACAUGCCCCCGCCUCCUCCYUCUUUCAACUCCAAACCUCCCUCGUCCUCCUCAUCCAGUCGUCCUGCAGCUGGCGGCGGUGCGCCUCCUCUCCCUCCUGGACGACCAGGCCCACCUCCCAUCCCGCCAAGCCCAGGUGGAGGGGAGGACCAAAGCACACCUUGUCUACCCCAAAGGAACAGCUCCCUCCACAGCCUUGCUCCAGCACCCCCACCUGCUCGGUCAGGACCUCUCCCUCCUCCACCAAAUGAGAGACCACCAUCAAUUGGAAGAAACCAGUCAUCACCGCGCUCGGGCCCUCUUCCUCCACCGCCACCUUCAGGUCGUAGCAUGAGCGGCAGCAUCAGGUCAUCGCCAGCGUCCUCUCCUGUUGGUCGGCCGGGUCCAGAACCACCUCGUGGCGGGCCUGGAGGUAGACCUCCCCUGCCCCCAGACAGACCGGCGACAGGAGGAGCUCCACCUCCUCCACCCAUGGGGAACGGUUUCCAAAACUCUCAUCACAACCAGAUACAAGAUGAGUGGGAGUAUCGGUUCACUUUUCACCCUGUGUCAGACCUUCCACCACCUGAGCCCUACGUGCCUUUCACAAAGACCUACCCCAGCAAGAUCACCAAAUCGGAAGGCAAAGGUCCAGGUAAAAAGGAGAGAGGUGCUCCUCCUCUUCCUCCUAUACCCAGGUGAAGGAAAAUAGCAGCCAUUUUAACACUUGGACCUACCACCCUCCUUUGUUUUAUUUCUUUUCCUCUUACGCUCAUUAUGCUUUUGACCCGGCGAUCGUGUAAGGACUGCAGCGUGAAAAUGGAACUGAUGUGCAGUCGACCAAAUAAAAUCACCAACUCAAUGUAGAGUUCAUGUCUUGUGCCUUUUGUAGCAGCAGAAAACUGAUGUGAAAAUGACCAAAAAUUGUUUACACUCUAGUACACUGUGUUCUGGAGUGAACAAGUAAAAAAAAAAAGUUUACAACCAUUUUGUUUCUAGUGGAUGUAUUGGGAUGGACUUUGUUGCUCCAAUUAGUAAUGCACAUGGAUUUUACUUUAUUCUCUACACAUCAAAAGGUUAAAUAUCUCAUUACUCCACCAGCUAAGUCCUUUAAGGGGAAAAAACUAAAUCAUCUUAUGGCAAUAAAUUUAUUAGACACUUAGUGAAGCAACAUCACAGGGCUUUUCAUGCAACUUCUUCAUUCAGAAGUUGCAAAGUGCCUUUUCUGAUAUUUUUACAAUACUUUGCCUUUUCCGUUCUGAUUCUAUCUUGAGUUGAUUAAGAGUUAGGGGGAUUAUUUUUUGUUAGACUUUUGAGCUUCUGCCUUUUAUUUUUUUAUUUUUUGUUGAACAAUUUUAUUGAAAAUGUAAGAUGGAAAGCACUUAUCUCCUGAACCUUAAGGGUAAUAAUACAGUAUAGCAACAGUACAAAGACAGUUUUGAACCAAACUUUAAAUGAGCCCAACGUCCAGACUCCUCAGCAUAAAACAUCAGGGAAACGGUGGUGUUUGCCUCAUGUGCCUUCACAGUGUGAAUGUCAAUUUUCUUAACAUUUAUUAUUUUUGUCUGCUGGAACCACUGAACGGUACGUUUUUAGUUGGUAGAUACAGGUUUUGUGAGGAAGUGUUUAAUAUAUGAUUUCAGAUGUUUUUAAGGUCAUCAUUGAGGGUUGUAGCCACAGGAGUGUGCAAUCAAGUUGAUUCUUGUGUUGCUGUUGUUUUUAAAGCGCUCGACUUGCAAUAAAAAGACCUGUUUGCGUAUUUGUAUGAUCUAAUCAAAGGAUACGGAAGGAUAAGUUAUCUUUGCAGUAUUAUGUGUGCUAUUAAUUUCAGCUUUGUAUGUUUUUUAUUUUUAUUUAGCAUUUUUGUCAUUUGCAAAUGUAAAAACUUUAUGUUAAGACAAAUCAUGCAUACUUAAAGUUAUUUGCAUGAUUUAAGAUGUUUUAUUGGAGAUAAAAGGGUGGAAAUGAAGUGCUUUUAUUGGACAUAACAUACAUCUUCCUGAACAAUGGACUUGUGAUACGAAAUUGUAGUGUCGUGAAAUAAAUGGAGUAACUUGUUUUUGUAUUAUCACAAACCAUAUGAAUCAUUUACAUAUUUGUGCAAUAAAAACAAUGAAUAAAAAUAAAACGUGUUAUGUUCAA